AUGUACAAGAGACUCUUGUUUGUCGUACCGCUCAUACAUUUUCAGAGUGUAAAGGCAGAGCUUUCUGUCAACGAUUGGGAUGAUGGACACAGGCAGAAAUCACAACAACGUAGCGGGCAAGAAGAAUUCGACGUGGUCGCCUGCGUGGUUGCGUGGUUGCGUGACUGGAUUGCUAAGUUUAAGAACAUCAAAAGUAUUGUAGCUGAAUAUAAAAAGGCCUUAGAGGUGAUCUGCCAAGCUAGAAGCAAUAAGCGUGGUGCCUGCGAGGUGCCUGCGUGGUCUGCGUGGUUGCGUGGUUUGUCAGCGUGGCGGUUUAAAACCUUUAAUGGGCAACAAUUGAGCAUUGAAACAUUUUCGAACAAAGUAUAUAUGUACAGUCAAGGCAAGUUCAACUCAAGUUCAACUACGGACUUUGCGUGGCCCGCGUGGCCACGCACUACGCACGCGUGGUACCACGCAGGUGACCACGCUGAAUUUCUAGUGCCCCAACGUAGCACUACAAGGAAGCUUAAGAGUGAAGCGAGCACGAACGAGGUGAGGAAAUCAGGGAAGACAUACAAGUAUAGAUUUCGCACCCAACUGACAAUGAUCAUUACUACCAGAAGAAGUAAAGACGCCCCAGAAAUAGAAAGAUCCACGGUACUUGGAGAAGCACCACUCCCGUAA